CGAUACUUCUGCCGUUUCGCCUAUCACUGGUACAUCAGGUGCUACGCUAGACACAAACAACAUUUUGGUGACCAGCGAAAUAACACAAAAUUGCGGUGCAUUAGCCGGCCCUUUGCCCUGUGAGUUUGAUUUCCUCAUUUGGAUAGCAAACUGUGCUAUAUAUUCACCAAACAAUCGUCCACAUGCUUUAUCCUCGGUGAAACGGCAAUAGAAAAAAAAGCAAUUGUAAACAAUCACUUGCAGCAAAAGUACAACAUCCCAAGCGAAAAAUCGAAUAUUCCAUCUACAGCAGCAAGUUACGCAUACGGUCCACUGCGUCUACACCUAAACCGCUACCGUGAAAACUUAUGCCACAUCGUGAUGGCCAAGAGGUGUACGCAUCGUUCAUAAUCGAAGGUGAUCAAAGGUGAAAAUCACGGCCACGGUUCAUCUGAUCAAAUUCUCCCGGCACCUAGAAAUUGAUGCACUGUAGUACAAGGAAGAGAUCUCCACUGCUGACCAUCUGUCUACGUAAAUGGACCCAUGGCGUUCUGUAACCGCACGCUUGCUAUUAAGGCAGCGUUGGGAGCGGGGUUUUUGCUAAUUCUGUUAAAUCUCCUAAACUCCAAGCUAGACAGCUCUAGUGACACCAACAGAUAUUCACGCUUGAAGCUAGGUGUAACCCAAUGGCCCAAACGAACACACGGCAGCAUAGAAUCACAUUUUUCCACGUCCACUGCAGGUAACGAUAAAAAUGAGAACACAAAUGAACAGUACAACACCGAUGGCCAUCCUGUAAAUUAUGAUUCCUCCGAUGCAUCGAGGCGCGACGCAUCCGUAUCGAACACGCCCAACUAUCCAGCGGAGAGUCCGGGAGCUUCCCAACCGAAUCAGUCGUCUAGUGUAGUAAAUGGAACAAGCGUUCAGCACAAUAACCUUGAAAUUCAAAAUGUGAUAAAAAAUCUUGAAAAACAACCAACCAAUCGCACAGCUACUACGGUAUCUGCACAGUAUGAACUGAACAGUGAUAAGAUAAAUAAUAAUUUCUCUUCGAUUGCAACUCCUAGCAUUAGUUCUGGUAGCGUAAGUAGUCAUUUUAGCAGUAGCAUAAGUAUUGUAGGCAAUGUCUCUGGGCAGAGUAAUGUGAAGUCUGAAAAAGAGAUCAAAGUGAAAACAAACAAAUCCUCGGCCGAAGAUGCCACUAACUUUGCGCACAAUGCCUCCAUGGUAACCGCUCUGAAGCAGGAGCCACUGAAGAAUGAACCUACACAACGGGAUGGAAGCAGCACAAACGAUAAUAAUUUGUCGGACAGGUUUACCAUUGACAGCUGUCCACCGAUUCCUCCAAACCUUGACGGACCCAUUACAGUGGAUGUGGCGUUUGAGUCUCUGAGCGCGGUAGAAAGCCGGUUCGCCGAUAAGCUGCAGCCUGGUGGCCAGUACGUACCGCCGGACUGUACCGCCCGAAACCGUGUAGCCAUCAUCGUACCAUACCGUGAUCGUGAAAAGCACUUACCAAUCUUCCUCAAGAAUAUCCAUGCACUAUUGAUGAAGCAACAGCUCGAGUACGGCAUAUACAUAGUGGAGCAGACUGCUGGAUCCUCGUUCAAUCGUGCCGCCCUCAUGAACAUUGGCUUUGUGGAAGCGAUGAAGCAAAAGAACUGGGAAUGUAUGGUAUUUCACGAUAUCGAUCUGCUUCCCAUGGAUGAUCGUAAUCUCUAUACGUGCCCGGACCAACCACGUCACAUGUCGGUCGCUGUUGAUACCUUCGGUUUCAAGCUACCGUACAGUACCAUCUUUGGCGGUGUCUCAGCCAUGACAGAGAAACAGUUCCGAAUGGUGAACGGAUUCUCCAACGCGUUUUGGGGGUGGGGUGGAGAGGAUGACGACAUGUCGAACCGGCUAAAACAUGUCGGUUUCCACAUCGCUAGGUACCCGGUGAACAUAGCACGAUAUACGAUGCUAUCACAUAAAAAAGAGAAAGCUAACCCUAAGCGAUACGAAAAAUUAGUAAAUGGAGCUAAACGCUUCGAUAGCGAUGGACUGAAUUCACUGCAUUAUCAGUUGGUAAACUUAAUACGUAAACCUUUGUACACCUGGAUUCAUGCAGACAUUUCACCGGAUGGCAGCUGAUGAUUGUCGUUUCUAGCGGAUUGGUUAGGCUAAAUAAACAAUCCCCAAAAAGUAGCAGGCAGCAGCAGCAUUGUUGAGAUGUAGAUAAUUUUGAAUUAUUGUACGUAGCGAGUUAAAAUUGUGUUCACAGGCAACAUUUAACCUUCUUAUGAUUUAGCAACGGUGUAAGAUAAACGAAUCUAUUUCCAUCCACUUAUUCAUGGAAACUAAAGAAACACUAAAUCUAGCACAAAUUUAUUAGCGCCAACGUUGUGCUCCACAAUCCUGCGUCAUCCUGUUUCCUUCAUUGGGAAAGUGAUAAAAAAAACUAUCAAAUAAGCCUAUAAAUCGAACAAAUUAUCAAUCGAUAUUGAAGAUAAGAGUAGUUUCUAAGUAGCAUUAUUUGAGCAACUGUUAAUUUUGCCUGAUUUGCUCAUUCAAAUCAACAGCGGUUGGUGGUACUUAUGUUACAUGUUACAUUUAAAAUGUUGAUGGACAAACCGAUACGUGUUUCCAAAGUAUGACGACGCUGAAUAGAAAACGAUUGACAAUUAAGUUUGAUAACUUCAAUAACUCUUCAAAAGAAUGUUGUCAUAUUCAAUUCAAGCAUGAUCUUUUGUCUGUGUUAUUUAGUGCAAUUAAUGCUCAAUGCAAACCUACAACGGAAUCGGAAUCUUGGAUUGUUAGAUCAAUUUUCACUGGUGGAAGAAAAAACAAAGAUUUGAAGCACAUGUAAUCUCAAUUGGUGCGACAGACACGACGUGUCCUAUAUAGUGAGCAAGAAUGCGGAUUUCUUUAGCAAAAGUGACCAUUAGCAACCAUUAGUCCGGCCUCGUGGUACUGUCGUCAACUCUUACGACUUAACAACAUGCCGCCAAAAGGACCGUGCCCCCAUACGGUAGGGCUGACGACUAUCAUGCUAUGGGGAGUAAACCAUACGUCACUGAAAGCCAACUCCACAAGUGGUACAGGCAGGCCUAGACCGACAACGGUUGUUGAGCCAAAGAAGAUGAACAAGACCAUUAGCAACGCUUAGUAUUGAAUGCAAAUUUGUUAAAAAUGAAUAAUAAAAAGCAAUGUAGCUACUUACGGAAAUACGCACAAAUUUCACGAUGAAAGAUCUGUUAUAAUCAAAAUACAAGCCACACAAAUGGGCACAAACGUUUCUUAAGUUCCGUCCGGAUGAAUGAAGAGAGCUAAUUUGUACUGCGUAGUAAGUAAAUUAGAUCCAAAAUAGUCAACAAUCAAGGCAUCGUUGCAGAAAUCAGCAAGAUAUGAUAACAUUAUCAAACAAUGAAGAUGGUGCCGCUUUUGAACUCUUAAGCUGUCGUUUUCCUUUCGUACGUUAGACGCUUGAUCGUGUUCAAGCUAGAUAUUGAAAUUAUUAAUUAUGGCUAUUGUUACAUUAAUUAAUUUAUUUUUUCCGACAGAUAAUUGCUAACCGUGAGAUGCUUUACACCACGAUAGCAUAGAUAUGCGUAAUAGACAAAAUACCAGACAGAUCGAAUCAUUCAAACUUAGUCCCUAUGUUAAUUCCCGCUCUACGUUCUGGAGUAUAGACUAAUUAGACCUCAACAAGCAUUCUUCCUCACACUGGACUAAAAUAACAAAACAAACGUAUGGAGCGUAAAUGUACAACGAGUAUGCGUAACAUGUUGUGAAUUGGUUGGUGAAAGUAAUGACGAACCUGGUUCACCUGUUUAGAUAGUAUUAUUGCAAUUAUUGUAAUGAUUGUUAUGAUUCCAAUACUCACUAAGAACGAUACUACCAUUCAAGACCAACACACAAAACUAACCCUUCUUCAAAAGUUAUUCGCAAUGAUGAAUCUCUUGAUCAUGUUAAUCCACAAUUAUUCUUACCAUUACUGGAAAAAAACUGCAGUGUAGCGGGAACUAGUGUACGUUGGGGGAAACUUUAUUACGCAAUACUUGAAUACGCAGAGAUACUUUGAAUGAGAUAAAACAAUAAACAAUAGAAACUGUA